AUGGCAUCCUCAAUUAGUGUGACUCAACCGCAGUUCGAUUUGAAUGAGCAUUUGGAAACAGCACGAAAUGCUAUAUCCUUGUGCAUUACAAACAUGAAUCAUCCGAAAAAGAAUCGCAUUGACUUGAGAGUCUUGGAUGAAAUGUUAGCGGGAGCCCUUGAAUUUGAACACAAUUAUGACGGCACGACUCGCCUGAAUUUCAUGUUCAUCACGUCAAACAUAAUCAUGCCGUAUAUUCUGAAGAUUCAAAAUGCCGAUGCAUUAAUGACUGAUCCAAAUUAUCCGUCAUUAAACGUCUUGAACAAAAUGAAAGUGCCUGACAAUAUCUUUUCGAAGGAAGCUCAAGAUUACAUUGACGACAUAUCGAAACUAAUUCCGUUAUUGAAAGAAGAAAAUGGAGAGUUAGACGCAGGUCUCAAUUUGCAAGGUGUGAAAUUGAAAUUCGACGUAAAUAUCACUAUGACAGUGAUGAAAACCGUUCGCGAUAUUAUGGAAAAGAAACAGGAAUGGAAUUGUGGACAAAUGGUUGCUCUUGUUUAUGAGAUUCUUGAUGAUUUUCAUAAGUGGGAACCAUAUUUUCCAGUGUUGUUUUAUUUGUUGAACGAUGGAACGUUCGAUCAACGAUCCAGACUCGAUAAGGCUAGAAGAUUUGCAGAAAUCCACUUUUUAUUUGUGGAUAUCAAGAAAAAUUUCCAACAGGGAAACUAUGAAGCUAAGGAAGAUCACAUGUAG